UGACAAAAGCAGAACUGAAGCAACAUGGCGGCUAUGGCAGCUCCCACAACGCUGGUUGCGAAGAGACGAAAGCAUUUUCUUGGCGUUCCGGCACCCUUAGGAUAUGUUGCCGGCGUUGGAAGAGGCGCUACUGGCUUCACCACACGUUCUGAUAUCGGUCCUGCCCGCGAUGCAAGUGAUGUUCCCGACGAUCGCCACGCGCCACCCACCAAGCGGAAAAAGAACCAGAAGGAAGAGGAGGAGGACGACGAAGAAGAUCUUAACGACUCUAACUAUGACGAGUUCGCAGGAUAUGGUGGCAGCCUGUUCAGCAAGGACCCCUACGACAAGGACGAUGAGGAGGCCGAUGCCAUCUACGAGGCCAUUGACCGCAGGAUGGAUGAGAAGCGCAAAGAAUACAGAGAGACGAAACUGAGGAGGGAAUUGGAACGCUACCGUCAAGAGAGACCCAAGAUCCAGCAACAGUUCACCGACUUGAAGAGAGAUUUGGCACAAGUCACUGUGGACGACUGGAAGAGUAUCCCUGAAGUUGGCGAUGCCCGCAACAAGCGACAGCGCAACCCUCGCCCUGAAAAGUUCACGCCCAUGCCGGACUCCAUCCUCUCCAAGGCAGGCAUUGGCUCCGAGGCUGUGACCACGCUGGACCCACGGCAGCAGGCUUAUGGUGGAGGGCUGACAACACCAUUCCCAGGCACGGCCACUCCUGGCUGGGCCACUCCGUCGGCCGACCUUGACCUGCGCAAGAUCGGUCAAGCUCGGAACACCCUCAUGGACAUCAAGCUCAACCAGGUGUCGGACUCUGUCAGUGGCCAGACCGUAGUGGAUCCCAAGGGCUACCUGACUGACUUGCAGUCCAUGAUUCCCAGCCACGGGGCCGACAUAAGUGAUAUCAAGAAGGCACGGCUACUGCUCAAGUCUGUGAGAGAGACCAACCCCAACCACCCUCCGGCCUGGAUUGCCUCGGCACGUCUUGAAGAAGUGACAGGCAAGGUCCAGACUGCGAGGAACCUGAUCAUGAAGGGGGGCGAAAUGUGCCCCAACUCAGAGGACAUCUGGCUGGAAGCUGCUAGGCUGCAGCCAAUAGACAUGGCCAAGGCAGUGAUAGCACAGGCUGUGCGCCAGAUCCCCAACUCAGUACGGCUCUGGAUCAAGGCUGCCGAUCUGGAGAGUGAGCUGAAGGCAAAGAAGAGGGUCUUUCGCAAGGCCUUGGAAAGCAUUCCAAACUCUGUGCGUCUGUGGAAGGCAGCCGUGGAGCUGGAGGAGCCAGAGGAUGCCUGCAUCUUGCUCAGCCGUGCCGUCGAGUGCUGCCCCACCAGUGUUGAGCUGUGGCUGGCCCUGGCCCGACUCGAGAACUACGAAAAUGCCCGAAAGGUGCUGAACAAAGCGCGAGAAAACAUUCCCACUGACCGGCAGAUUUGGAUCACAGCUGCGAAGCUGGAAGAGGCCAAUGGGAACACACACAUGGUUGAAAAGAUCAUUGAUCGAGCGAUUGCAUCCCUGCGUGCCAAUGGUGUGGAGAUCAACCGUGAGCAGUGGUUCAAGGACGCUGUCGAGUGCGAGAAGUCCCAGUCGAUCCUUACCUGCCAAGCAAUCAUCCGCUGUGUGGUGGGAAUCGGCGUCGAGGACGAGGACCGCAAGCACACCUGGAUGGAGGAUGCCGAGGCGGUGGCAGCCCAGGGUGCCCAGGAGUGUGCUCGUGCUAUCUAUGCGCACGCCCUGUCCGUGUUUCCCAGCAAGAAGAGCAUCUGGCUCAGGGCCGCCUACUUUGAGAAGAGCAGCGGCACCAGGGAGACGCUGGAAGCCCUCCUGCAGCGAGCCGUGGCCCACUGUCCCAAGGCCGAGGUUCUCUGGCUUAUGGGAGCCAAGUCCAAAUGGAUGGCUGGCGACAUCCCGGCGGCCCGGAGCAUCCUGUCUCUAGCCUUCCAGGCUAAUCCCAACAGCGAGGAGAUCUGGUUGGCUGCCGUCAAACUGGAGAGUGAGAACAAUGAGUUUGAGCGUGCACGUCGACUCCUCGCCAAGGCACGCUCCAGUGCCCCCACUGCCAGGGUGAUGAUGAAGUCCGUGCGGCUGGAAUGGGCACUGAAGGACCUGCAGCAGGCCCAGCAGCUGCUGGACGAGGGGCUGCGCCUGUACGCUGACUUCCCGAAGCUGUGGAUGAUGAAGGGGCAGAUUGAGCAGAGCCAGGGGCAGACAGACUUGGCUCGCAGCACCUACAACCAGGGGCUCAAGAAGUGUCCCACAUCGGUGCCCCUGUGGCUGCUGCUGUCUCGGCUGGAGGAGUCGACGGGCGCACUGACCAAGGCCCGCUCUGUGCUGGAGAAGGCCCGACUCCGCAACCCUGGAAGUGCAGAGCUCUGGCUCGAGGCUGUGCGGGUAGAGGUCCGCGCAGGGUUUAAGGAGAUUGCCCAGACCCUUAUGGCUAAAGCCAUGCAGGAAUGCCCAGCCAGUGGCAUCCUUUGGGCCGAGGCUAUCUUCAUGGAGCCCCGUCCACAGCGUAAGACCAAGAGCGUGGAUGCACUCAAGCGCUGCGAGCAUGAUGCCCAUGUUCUCCUGGCUGUCAGCAAGCUUUUCUGGACAGAACGCAAGACAAACAAGGUCCGAGAAUGGUUAAACCGCACUGUGAAGAUUGAGCCUGACCUGGGGGAUGCAUGGGCCUACUACUACAAGUUUGAAUUGCUUCAUGGCAGUGAGGAGCAGCAAGAAGAGGUAAAAAGGCGAUGCGUCAUGGCAGAACCCAGGCACGGUCCAAACUGGUGCCGGGUGUCCAAAGACAUUGCUAACUGGCGGAAGAAGACCGAGGACAUUCUUGUCCUGGUGGCAAAUGCUCUCCCGAUACCAACGUAGUUGCAGGAAACAGGAGUGUUAGUCGUAAUCUCUGCUGUAGUCUCUCAUUUUUUUUUUCAUCUUCUUACAGAUCAAUUUUAACUUCUUCAUUUAGAGGCAUUCCAGCAGAAGGGGGACACUUGGCAAGGUGCUUUUGUGGCCACCCUGAGAAAAGUGUGGUGCAAAAGAAGUGUAUUGAAAAAAGUGUAUUGCUUCAUAUAUUAGUGGGGUGCAGUUCUCAAGCCGUUGAAUAAUUUUAGCAGCCAAAAAAUGUAAAAAUUACAAGGCGCUGGCUGCAUGACUGCAUGAGAGAUUGAAAGACCUUGUCUCUUUUACACUGGUUUUGUGUCCACAGCGCACCUUCUGGCACUUGUACAGCUAAACCUGUGAUGAGACAAGACCAUUUGACAUCACAUUAAUUCACAUGUGGCUUGCAGAAAGAUAUUAUAUGCUGUACAUUACUGCAAGAUGAGUCAAGACUACCGAAAUGCCUGAAUGUAAUAAAAACGAUCUUGCUGACCGAG